AUGGUUGCCCCCCGAGGGCAGCAGCACGUCGGCGGCACGCAGGAGUGGCCCCGGCCCGAGAGAGGUGCGAGGAGAGGGGGCCCAGCGCCGCUGGAGAGAGGCCGUCCUCGGACGCUCGAGGUUCGCGCCUCGGCCGCUGCGACGAAGCGCCGAGCCCGGGCAGGGGAGAAGCCGCUGCGCGGUCGUCGAGGCGGGGAGGCCCUGCUGUUGGGGCUGUGGCACGGAGGUCGUGCGUCGAGAAGGCACGGGCCCGUCCGCGCUUCCAGCGCUAGCGUGGGGUCGGGCAUGACCUCCAUACAGUCGGAUUCGGGAAGUAAAAUAUGA